ACGGCGAAACCACAGACCGAGUGAGCGGGGAGUCGAGGCGGUACGACGCUGAGAAUAUACAGAGAAAACGCUGGGAUAUUACACUUUAUUGUCCUUUUAUUCUGGUGGGAAUGUGGAUUUGAAAACUACGAUGAAAUUAAAUCAAAUGGAGUGCCACGUCUGCGGGAGAAAGUAAAGAAAGAGAGGUUGGUGGAUGUGAUGUUAGUCUGACCUGACUGGCUACUCUGCUUCAUCGACAGACUUUCCCAUGGAGCCUUGUACCGACACGGACACUAUUCUACCAUGGAGCCACCAGUCAGGGUUUUGGAGGCCAAAGAGCUUGUGAGACAGAAGAGGACCUGAUACUGUGAUACCACCCCCAACACCUGAAGACCCAUCCAUUGGUUUCCACGUACCAACGCUCCUGCUCCUACACCGGCUCAACAUAUAUGUUACUCUGAGGCCUCGUCUGCCUGCCUCAACCCACCCUCCCUACCUCCCAGGGUCCUGCUGUGGAUUAUAGACUUUUUUUUAUCAGGACCGGAGGGUCUCCAACACACUAACCAGUUGAUCAAGAAGCUCCUUAUCCCUGAGCACAGCCCUACCUGGGACCACUUCAGGUCCAGUCUGAGUUCAGUCCUGCUGCAGGAUGGCAGGUUUAACAUUUUGUUUGGCUGUGAUGGCCAGUGCUCUUCUGUUGACCCUCAGAGCUGAUGCUGCUGGUCAGAAUCCAGACCACGUCCUGCAGGGGACAGGGGUUAAACCUGGGGCACAGCGACCUUGUGGGGACUCGACCAUCGCACCCGAGGACGCUGCCCGUUUUCUCAGCUGUUACUGCUCCGGACACUGUCCUGAAGACGCCACCAACAACACCUGCCAAACAAACGGUCAGUGUUUUGCCAUCAUUGAGGAAGAUGAGCACGGUGAAGCCAUCCUCACCUCGGGCUGCAUGACGUACGAAGGCUCACACUUCCAGUGCAAGGACUCUCCAAAAGCUCAGACCAGGAGGACUAUUGAGUGCUGCAACACAGACUUCUGCAACAGAGACCUGCAGCCCACCCUCCCCCCACAGGCUCCUCCCGAGGGAAGCCCCCACUGGCUCGCCUUCCUGAUCUCCAUGAUGGUCUGCUGCUGCACUCUGAUCUGUGUCACUGUUGUCUGUUACUACAGGUACAAGUGGAAGACUGAGCGUCGGCGGUAUCACAAAGAUCUGGAGCCGGAAGUUUUCAUCCCAUCUGGAGAGUCGCUCAAAGACCUCAUCCACCAAUCUCAGAGCUCAGGCAGUGGCUCGGGGCUCCCCCUGCUGGUGCAGCGAACCAUCGCCAAACAGAUACAGAUGGUGCUUCAGAUCGGGAAGGGGCGGUACGGCGAGGUGUGGCUGGGCCGCUGGAGGGGAGAGAAGGUGGCCGUCAAAGUCUUCUUCACCCGAGAGGAAGCCAGCUGGUUCAGAGAGACUGAGAUCUACCAGACCGUCCUGAUGAGACACGAAAACAUUCUUGGUUUCAUAGCGGCUGACAUUAAAGGAACAGGCGCCUUUACGCAGCUCUUCCUCAUCACGGACUAUCACGAGAACGGCUCUCUGUACGACUACCUGAGGCUGACCACGCUGGACACGCAAACUCUGCUGCGGCUGGCGUACUCGGCUGCAUGCGGCCUCUGUCACCUGCACACAGAGAUCUACGGCACGCAGGGAAAACCAGCAAUCGCCCACCGAGACCUGAAGAGCAAAAACAUCCUUAUGAAGAAGAACGGCACCUGCUGCAUCGCCGACCUCGGCCUUGCUGUCAAGUUCAACAGUGACACUAACGAGGUAGACAUCCCUCUGAGCACCCGAGUGGGGACGAGGCGCUACAUGGCCCCCGAGGUCCUGGACGAGAGCCUCAACAAGAAUCACUUCCAGGCUUACAUCAUGGCCGACAUGUACAGCUACGGCCUCGUCAUCUGGGAGAUGGCCCGACGCUGCGUCACCGGAGGUAUGGUGGAGGACUACCAGCUGCCGUACUAUGAGAUGGUGCCCUCUGACCCCUCCUAUGAGGACAUGCUGGAGGUGGUGUGCGUUAAAGGACUGCGGCCCACAGUGUCAAACCGCUGGAACAGUGACGAGUGCCUUCGAGCCAUGCUGAAGCUGAUGUCAGAGUGCUGGGCUCAUAAUCCUGCCUCACGCCUCACCAUCCUUAGAGUGAAGAAGACGCUCGCCAAGAUGGUGGAGUCCCAGGACAUCAAAAUCUGACCGCCCUCUACAUCAUCCUCAAUCUCUUCCGCGUCCCAUCACCUCCACCAUCAGACUCAUCUGAAAACCCAGAACACACCCAGCCUGACCUGGAGCAGGAUCAGACCGGACUGGCUUCUCCAACCUCAGUAUAUCAACCUUCAUCAGGAUGGGGGGAGAGGAGGAGGAGUUGGGAGAUAAGAAAGGACCCAUCAGAGGGCUGAGCUGUGCUCCUCCUUCUCCUUCCUCCAUUCUGGAAAUAAAACAUGGAGUCCUCCCUCCUCAUACUCCUCCUCCUUCUGGCUCGUAGGUGGCGAGACAGCCAGUUUGACGCUUUCUGUGAAAGCCAAACAAGACGAUAAUUUUGACGAGGGCUUCCUGUUGGAGGGGAGGGGAGGGUUCUUGACACUCGUUGUGACUGAACCAUGAAAAUUAAAAAAAACAUUUUUCCUUUUUUUUUUUUUUUUUUCCAAGGACCCGCCUGGCCCAGCCUUCCUCCACUUCUGCCUGUUUCAGAAUGCCAAUUUAUUACUUUGUUGUUACUUUCUCUUCAGGACUGAGUUCUCCUGCCAUAUUGAAAUAUAUCUCCACUCUGAAAGUAGAGUUAAUUAUAAAGAGAAAUAAGGUACUAUUAUAAUAUGUGAAUUUUAAUGUGUAAAUAAAUGUUAUCAUUGGAUGCCGUGCCUACUCAUAAGAAGAUUAAAAAACCAGAACACUAUGCUGCAGUGGUGUUGACGUCCAGCUGACUCCAGGAGAGGAUGGUGUCGCCAUGGAGACGUCUCCCGUCCUGUCUGUCUGUCCGUGUUGUGGUUUAUGUCUGUCUGUCUGUCAGCUGCUCUAAAUAUGUGGAGCUGCUCCCGAGUGUCAGAGAAGAGACAUCAUUGGUCGAGUUGAACCUCAGUGGGUGGAACUAACGAGCAUAGUGUCAGUCCUAAACAAGAACUGCAGAUCUGUUCAGCGAGCCAUAGAGAAGUUCACAAGUCCCUCCCCUUAAUGCCAAUAGAAUAUUCAAUUUGUCAUGUUUGGGGGUGUUUAAACUCCUUUUGGCUCAGUGAUUAAGAAUAUUGCUUUACAAAUUCUCUGUAUCUUUGGAUCUUCUGAGGCACUUUUGAGAAGCUUGUAUUCUAACAGUUGCAACAAAAAAGUCUAGAAAAAAUGCGCAAGACAAUGAAAUGCAUUGGAAAGCAAAAUGUGAAUUUUAAAACCUAAAUUAAACGUAAUGCAGUUAUUAAACAAAAGAUAAAGAGGAUUAAAAGUUCACAUGAAACAGUUAAUGGACUUAAAGAUGUCCAAAAUCAUUUUUUCCCUGAAUUAGAAAAUGUGUUCCCUAGCUGUGUAAUCUGUGACUUAGAGUUUGGACUGUAAACAAUCCAAGGUUCAAAAGAAAAGCUAAAGGAGGUGAUCGACCAGGAGAGGGAAUCUUACCUUUAAGUGUAAGACAAAGUAACAUUUUGAUUCCUCCUGACGGUUAUUAGCUAACUAAGCGUGCUCGUUGUGAGGUUGUGGCUCAUAAAGUUGGACUUAGAGUUUCUAAACCCAAAAGCUAACCUUCUUCCUGUUGGGUUAAAUCUUGGACGCUCCGCUUUGAAAAUGGUUUGUAGAUUUGUUUAGGCUCCUCCCACUCAGGUUUUACUUGUUCACUCAGAUUGUUUCUAAUAUUCUGUGUCUUGUGUUUUUUCUUUCUCUCAGUUUUUUUCUUCCUAAAUCAUUAAAAUCGAUGAACCCUUUCAGAGACAAUUCAGACAAAACUCCCUUAAGAAUAUUUGAGAAAACAAGUGGUGAGUGCAGAAAGCUUUGUGCAGCUGGAAGACUUAAAGCAGGGGUGUUCAGUGUGAGUCAUCACCUGUUUUAUCUGGUCUAUUAAAAGGUUUAGAGAAAGAAACAAGAUUGUGAUUUUGUAGCUGCAGAGCUAUGUCAGCAGUCUGUCUUUGCUUCCAGUCGUUGUGCUAAGCUAGGCUCAACAGCUGGAUCCUCUCUAAACACCCAGAUGAAAUGUUGGACUGUUCCUUUAAAUAUUUUCUGAUUUUGGCUCUUGUCGGAUGUGCACAUGUUGCCUAGUGUGCAAGUUCUGUCAGAUCAUGUGCGUGCAUGUUGGUGUGAGCGUGAGUUAGUGUGUGUGUGUGUGCGUGUCUGUGUGAGCAUGCAAGUGUGUGUGUGUGUGUGUGUGUGUGUGUGUGUGUGUGUGUGUGUGUGUGUGAAUGCUUGUAGCUUACAGUUCAUACAUUAGCUGUUUAAGAGCAGUAUCUUAGUGUUUUUCUCUGUAAUAAAUAUGCAAGAAAACAAACCCCUGUAUAGGAAUAAUCUCUAAUAUGUAAAUCUAUAAUGUUUUUUUUUUUGGUGUUGUUAUUUUGUACAGCAUCUGGUUCGGUGCCUUAUGAGUUUACCAAGGAAAUGAAAAAACUCUGUAAACAGUCUGUCCAAUGUAACGACUUCUAAGUAAAUAACCUUAUUUUAGUACACAAA